AAAUGAUAAAAUAAAUAAUAAUUUUCAUUAAUUUCUGAGUUACAGCGUAAAAAGAAUAAAUUUAUGUUUAUAUUUAUUAGAUGUUAAUGAAAAAUAUUGAAAAGAAAAUAUCUAAGAUAUAUGCUUUUAGACACGUAUACUUGUUAAAUUCGACAUUAAAUAUUUCUGUUGAUUAAUUCUAAUUAAUUAAAAUUUAUACAAAAUUUUGUACCUUGGUAGUUUACAUCGAUAAGUCGAGGAGUGGCAAAUUAAGCUGAAUACGUAAGCUAUUCUGUCUCAGAAGCGAUCUUCAGUAAACUUUUAAUCAACAUGCCUGUCAACGGAGUUCGUGUACUGCCGGACAUACCGAAGAAUAUGCUGAACAUGGAGAUCUUGAUUCGAGAAUUCGAGACUGGCUCGAUGUCGGCUAAUGGCUGUCGGGAUACCGCAUCGAAAGCGUCAAGUUUGAAGGACGGUAACUUCGUCAAGAAGAUCGUCGAAGCUUACGAGUCAAGCGUAUGGAUGGCUAACGAGAAUAGUCAGCGGGAACGAGUUAAGGAAAGAUCCAAUUCCUUCAACACUUUUGAUGUCAUUCACAAUCGGAAAAGCGACUCGAGUCUCACAAUAUAUGACGCACCAAGCUCGCAAUGUCGAAAGAACUUAAACGAAAAAUUCGAGAUCUUUUCGACUCCAUUCGAGUCACACGAGGUCGAAGAUGAUUUCGUAAUUUUUAAUCGGUAUCGUUCGGAGAGCAGCGAGAAAACGGGGACAUGGAUGAGAUCUUCUUCUAAAAUCAAUAUGUACAGCUCCAUGGGCGAGCUAUUGACGAAUGCACACUCUAACCCUUUGAAAAGGAGUGAAACAUGGAAUCUGAAGAAAAGAGAUCAAAAGUUGAAUGCUAAAACGAAGAAUAAAGUAAUUUGCUCAAGCCCUUUGGAGGAUGUUGAAGACAAAGAUUUAAAUUGCGGAUCUCUUGACGAUAUCUUGACAAGUUCUUGCGACUCUAGCAGCAAUAACAGCUACAAAAACUUCCAAACCAAUCUGUACAACUUCGAAAAGGAACAAUGGCAGCCUGAGUUCGCCUCGACUUCAUUGUCAUCGUUAAAAUCUUGCUCGGAAUUGUCGCGCAAUAAUAUAAAUAGUGCUGAUGAUAGUCUACUGGACUCAUCUUUCCAAGACGUAACUGUUACAUCUCCUAAGGAUACUCUGAAGACCCGAGAGAAUCUUCAAGAUUCUGAACCGGUUUCAAGUUUGUCGUCUGAUUUCGACCAGAAGUUGUCGCGAACAGUUGCCGCUUCGUUGAAUGACGAUCAACUGAUCGACAACGAUAUCCGCAGGACGUGGAUGUCAACACUGGGCAAGAAGUUGUCGCGAAAGAGACCGCUGAAAAAGUUGUUGGAGUCAUUCAACACUAAGUUAUCGAUCUAUAAGAAAGUCUGGAGAAAAUCAAGCAAAUCAGCAAAGAAGCAGCCGAAGGAGUACAACUCCGACUCGGGAUUUACCGAACGAUUUCUGUCCUCAUCGUCCUCUUCCUCGCGCAAGUCUUGGUGCUCCGAUCCCGAUGUUGAAGGGGAGCCACCGGCACCGCCGACUUUUACGACCUUCGGCCGCACGAGAAACACUUGCGUCAGUGACAAAACCUGGCCAAAGAGUUCUCGCAUGAUCCUUAUUGAAGUGCCCCGCAAAGAAUUCACGAGCGAUUCUAAGCCUUUCGACUCAAGCCUCUGGGUUCAACCCCGUUCAACCAUCUCCCGCAAAGAGAACUGCGAGACUGUUGAACCAUCACUGAAGAGCACAAUGCUCCCGAGUUCUUCAAAGUUCGAGGUCUCCUGCGGAUACCCGCCGCUUUCUAAGCACCCUUAUCUGACCCGAAACGGGAUCCCCAAACAUCCCUUCGUCGCAAAGACAAAGCUGGAUCAAGAGACAGAGGAAAAGUCGAUAGAGGAAGAAGAGAUGAAAUGCGACGCAAAGGAACGGGAAUCUGAUACGCGGGAGUUGGAAUCUUCAAAUACGUCUUCUAUAAUUCAAACUGAACUGCAUCUCUCGUGCUCCAAGAUGUCCGAGAAAUCGUUGGGUUUAUCUCCAAAUAUAAACUGCGAUUUGUUGAGAUCACGUCCGUGCAAGUCAACGUCGGAACUCGAUAGGCUCGUUCCUAAGCAAACACCGAUCCAUAAUAUCCAUAUGUGCAGUACAGAAUUCUUAUCUACUAUGCAUAAUAAUCGAUACAUGAAGAAAGAGUCGGCUUCUUUUGACCGUUAUGCCACCGUGACUCCGAAGAACCUGAGAUUCUUCAUGUCGCGGGAGAAAUCACAAGCAAUCGAAAGGAGUCUCAACGCCUAGAAGGACAUCGACAACAUUUCCCCUCAGGACGGACUUUCGACUAGGUGGAAUUUUCCAGAUCACGAUUUAAUUAAACUUCGUCGCCGAACUACGUGACGCUGGAUAGUAAUUAAUUUAAAUUACGGUCGAGCUUUUCACAAUCGAGUGUUUAAAAAUUACUUUACAACCGUUCGACAUGUAUUUAUGAUUCAAACUGUGCACGUCACUUCACUUAGUUUUAGGGUCGAUUCUUAAUUUUAUUGGCGCCCUUAGGCCGACGUGAUUUGGAUUUAUGCCGAUUUCUAGCAUCCGUUGCUUACGCCGGAAUAGUCGGCAGAUCAUUGGCAGACGAUGAAUUUAGUCGCAUCAAUCCACUUUGACGUAUUGAUAUUAAUUAAUACCGCAAAUACUGUUGUUAAUACUCGUUAAGCUCAAUAGGAUUCCAACUUAAUGAGAGAAUUUUGACUGAUAAUUUAAUUUAUCUAUUUAUUUAUUUAUUUAGUAAGCCAUUUACAUUUUUCUAUGACAGUGCUCAACGAAGUUGAGUGUCUUUUUUGUGUCUUAUAAAU